GGGAGAGAGCAGGAGACAGACAGUUACUCCGUGGACGUGUCCCGGGACAGAGAGCUGACAUGGCGCUGGCCUGGAUUUUCGUCUUCUUGGUGGUCCCGGCACUGGGGGACGCGUUCCGGAAUGGUCUGGUGCUGAUCCCGUCGCAGAUACAGAUCGGGUCCCAGGAGAAGGUCUGCGUGCUCCAGCCCACGGGGAUAGGGGGCGGAUCCCUCCGAGUGACUCUUCACUACGCCUUCAUGAACGCCACCCUCUUGGACAAGGACACGGCGGGCGUCGGUCACCAAGGGUGUAUGGAGUUCACCGUGCCGGACAUUGAACUGCAGGAUGAAUAUAAUUCGGUGGCCACCAUCACCGUCAUUGGAUCCGGCCAGACGGAGGCGAUCAAUGUUACCAAGAAGGUUCUCCUGAGGAAACUGCAUUCUUUGACGUUCGUACAGACGGACAAGCCCGUGUACAAACCUGGCCAGGCAGUGCGGUUCCGCGUCGUGUCCCUGACCCAGGAUUUCUUGCCGGCCCAAGAGAAGUACCAGCUGAUAACGCUCUGGGACCCUCAGCGGAAUCGGAUCGGCCAGUGGAGGAACGUGGAACACAAGCAGGGAAUUGCGGACCUGACAUACAACCUGAACCCGGAGCCCCUGCUGGGACAGUAUGAGAUCGAGGUGAUCAAGUCCAGAGGGAAGAACAGACACUCAUUCACUGUUGAGGAAUACGUGCUCCCGAAAUUCGAGGUGACGCUUCAUAUGCCAAAGCGGAUCACAAUCCUCGACAGAACCAUCCACGUCCAGCUAUGCGGGAGGUACACGUACGGGAAACCCAUGCGGGGUGUGGUAAACGGCACGGUUUGCCUGAAGAGUUAUUACAGUUACGUGGAAACAGAUUUUUGUCACUAUGUGGUGGACAAGAUGGACAAUGAUGGCUGCAUCUCCCGGGAUCUCGACACCGCUGUGUUCCGAAUGAGAAGGAAUUGGAACAAUAACAUCCACGCGCACUUCGUCUUGGAGGAGGACGGCACAGGAGUUAGGAGGGAAACGUCAGCAUCCUGCCGGGUUGCCUCGGAGGUCACAAAGAUCCACUUUGAGGACAUUGAGAUGUACUACAAGAGAGGACUCCCGUUGUCUGGAAAGGUGGUGAUCAAGUUGGCCACAGGAAAACCACUGCCAGAAGUGAAAGUGUACCUGUUCAACACGUUUAAUCCCGGAGCGCAAGAGAUUAUAGUCGAUGAUCAAGGAGAGGGAACCUUCCUCUUCGACACCUCCGAAUGGGACGACGAGCAGGUGUCCUUCUUGGCUAUUUAUCAUCUCCAGCAUGAGGACAAUUACAAUUCUCGUCGGUUCCCCAGCCACUCUCACGCCCGCCACUCAGUGAAGCGGUUCUACUCCAAGUCCAACAGCUUCCUGUCCAUCAGCAGCCAACAGAGGGAGCUGCCAUGCACGUUCGAUCUGGAGAUGCCAAUUAGAUACAUCAUCAAAGUUCUUCCAGAUGGCGGAUCUCUCGAUCUGGAGGUGUUCCAAUUGGCCAUGGCCAGAGGGAAGAUCAUCAGCUUUGAGAAGAGCACACAAUCCAUUGAAGGGACUGAGGGGGGAUCGUUCACCCUCCGGCAGCUGAUUACCGCAGAUAUGUCUCCCGUCACCCGGAUCCUGGUGUUUACCGCGCUCCCUAACGGGGAGAUCAUCGCCGACGCCAUCAAGUUCAAUGUCGCCAAAUGCUUCCACAAUCAGGUGCAGCUGAAAUUCUCCAGCUCUGAGGAGCUCCCGGGCACCCUGAUCGAUGUCGAACUUCGGGCACAGCCAGGUUCGCUGUGUGGACUCCGAGUUGUGGAUCAGAGUGUUCUGCUCUUGAAACCGGAGAAGGAGCUAACAGCCAACAGCAUCUACUCCAGCCUGCCAAUGUCUGAUCUCAGUGAUUACCAUUAUCUGAUUCUGGACGACACUGAGGAGUUUUGUAAAGCGGACCACGGGGGCUACUGGGUUGCUCAGAAUGAUCGGCACUCGGCCUUUGACGUCAGCCGCCUCCUCGAGGGCAUGGGGCUGAAGAUCUUCACUGACCUUGAUUAUUAUGUCCCAGUGAUGUGCAACGUGUACAAACAAUGGGAGUACUUCUACGGGGUAGCACAUGCUGUAAUGCAUUCCGCAAGCCUGGAAGUUCAACCGUUGAUGGAAUCCAGUGCACCUGCGCGUCCAGCCAGUGGUGGUUUGCCAGAAAUGCCUCGCCCUGAAGAAAAGAUCCGGGAAUACUUCCCAGAGACCUGGAUCUGGGACCUGAUCCCUGCCAGUUCCACUGGACACGCCAAACUUGCAGUCACGGUCCCGGACGCCAUCACCGAGUGGAAGGGGAGUGCGUUCUGCAGCGGGGACGCAGGCUUUGGGCUCUCGGAGAUGGUGUCUCUUGUCGCCUUUAAGCCCUUCUUCGUGGACCUGCUGCUGCCCUACUCCGUCGUAAGGACCGAGGGCUUCUCCCUCAAAGCGAGGAUCUUCAACUACAUGGCGGAGAGCCUCAUGGUCAAGGUCACCCUGGUUGAAGCUAAGGGCUUCGAUUCGGCGUUCUCUAACCGUGAGCACGAAAUUUGCGUCCUGUCCAAGGACAGCGUUACCCUCAGUUGGAAUCUGACCGCCUCGGGAUUGGGCGAGGUGAACACCACAGUGCGGGCUGAGUCUGUAAAAUCGACCACCCUUUGUGGGAACGAAGUUGUCGUCGUCCCGACGAGGGGAGCCGUCGACAUCAUUCGCAAACCGCUGAUUAUUGAGCCCGAAGGUUCAGAGACCGAGUUGUCACACAGCUCCUUGCUUUGUCCUGAUGGGAAAGACAUCACGGAGAAGAUCCAUUUCCAGGUCCCAGAAGAUGUGGUGGAAGGAUCGGCCAGAGCCUACGUCACCGUGCUGGGUGACCUCAUGGGGAGCGCGAUGGAAAAUCUGGACCACUUGCUCAAACUGCCCAUGGGCUGUGGUGAGCAGAACAUGGUGAAGUUCGCCCCCAACAUCUACGUGCUGAGUUACCUCCAGACAACGCACCAGCUCACACCCAAAAUCAAGGAUAAAGCUCUCGGCUUCUUGCGGACAGGCUAUCAACGGCAGCUGAACUAUAAGCACAGUGACGGUUCCUUCAGUGCCUUCGGAAGCGACGAUCCAGAGGGGAGCACGUGGCUGACUGCCUUCGUGCUGAAGUCUUUCCUGCACGCCCAGCCCUACAUCUUCAUCGAUGACUCUGUCCUGCAGCAGGCCGCCUCUUUCUUCCUAAGGUACCGGAUGGAGUCGGGCUGUUUCAGCAGCGUGGGUAAUCUGUUCAAUAACGCCAUGAAGGGCGGCGUCGAUGAUUCAAUCUCUCUUUCGGCCUACGUUACCGCUGCGCUCGUCGAGUUACAAAGGCUGAGGGCGAGCAUGGCCGAUGAGGUUUACAAGAAGUCUCAGGAACGGUCGGAGAGUGAGUCUUCAAGCAUCGAGGCAGAGGGAACUACGCUGCCCAAAGUCGAGAGGGUGGAGACCCAGCCUUCAAGUUUCCGGACGGCAGUGCUGGAGCCUUCCCUCCGUUGCCUGAGGAAGCAGAUGCAGACAGUGAACAGCACGUACACGCUGGCUCUUCUCGCCUACACUUUCACCUUGGCAGGGGACACCGUCUCCAGGGAUUGGCUCCUCGGCAAGCUGGAGGGGAUAGCCGUCAAAAAGGAUGGAAUGAGGUACUGGACAAGGGCCACAGAGGCAGAGGAAGAGGACGAGGACUUUAUUUGGUACUGGUGGAGAGCCCCCUCGGCUGAGGUGGAGAUGACAGCCUACGUCCUUCUCGCCCUCCUGUCCCAGCCCCCGGUGAGCCCUGUAGACCUGCAGCGGGCCACCACCAUCGUCAACUGGCUGGUCCGCCAGAGGAACGCAUACGGGGGCUUCGCCUCUACCCAGGACACGGUGGUCGCUCUUCAUGCUCUCUCACUCUACGGCAGCCUGACCCACGUCUCGGACCCUCAGGGGCUGGUGACUUUGACCGGCAAGAACGACUUCCACCGGGAAAUCCGGCUGGAUGCCUCCAACCAGCUGGUGCUUCAGAGCGAGAAGCUGCAGGAUAUUCCCAGUGACUACACGGUCCACGUCAGCGGGAGCAGCUGUCUGUUGCUACAGACCACACUGCGGUACAAUACCCUUCCCAAACAUCGCGACUCCGCCUUCCAGCUCUCGGCCGAGAUGAAGAGCGUUGAUGACGACCCCGACGGAGGCAUCAUCAACAUCAACGUGACGUACGUCGGGUCUCGUAACGUCUCCAACAUGGUCAUCGUGGAUGUGAAGAUGCUUUCCGGGUACUCUGCUCAGAAGCCGAGCCAUCCUCGUGUGAGCAGGUCAGAGACACAAGACGGGCACUUGCUGAUGUACAUUCCAGAGAUGCACAAGCUCCUGCCUAUCGAAGUGCCUGUUCCUCUUCACCGAGACUUCGUGGUGGAGAAUCUUCAGGACGCCUAUGUGACCGUCUACGACUACUACGAGACGGAUGAGGCCGCCAUCGCUGGAUACCACCGGGCCGCACCAGCGAGGUAACGCGAUUGCGACGGAAGAAGACAGUUCUCCACAAGGGCUAAAAUCAAUGUUUCAGUAACUUGUAAUCACUUCUAAUAAAUACAUUUCUUAAUCUAUCAGUGUCACG